AUGCUUCCUUCGUCACGGAACUCAUUCGGCGCUGAUCUCAAGUGCAUCGAUCGCUACACGCCCAGCCAUGACCUCUCGCAUAUCUACCGACAGUCGCUAUGGAACGAAGAGUUUUGCCACCGUCCGAGUUGGUGUGAUGCCCGUCUUGCCCUCAAGCAAAUCCGCAAAGGUCGCGCCAAGGGCAACGUUCCCGCGCUGUGGAUCAGAAGCAUCCUUCAACGUGCUUUGUUCCGGCUAGGCUGUACGAUCCAGCAUCAUGCCGGCGAGGUGCUCUUCUGCGGCAUCCUCGUUCUGUGUCUCUUCUCCAUUGGCCUCAGGAAUACUUCGUUCGAAACUGACAUGGACCAGCUCUGGGUAGAAACUGAUGUGAAAUCGCUCCGGGAGGUCGGCCACCCGCAUUGUAGGUCGAUCAGCGUUCCACCAAUAUCUGAAAGUGACAAGUUUCCGGCUUGUUUCCGUUUCUGUGCCCAGCUGAAUAGAAACCGGUCGAGUCGCAGCGGAUCCUUGGAGGUCAAGGUUCAACAGACGUCAACUGCUAUCGGAAUGGAGUACCUGGCCCUCAUACUGCGAAACUGUCGGCCAAAAUGA